AUGGCGGCGACGAAUACAGACAUGCAUAUGCUUCAGGAAAGUCCAACGGCACAUCGUAUUCCUCAGCACCAACCGUCGUCACCUUUCCACUCUCUAUCCUCGCCGUCCCUUGCGGAGAGUAUUCGCAGCCUUCGCGACGACUCGACGCGCUCGCACAACGUGCCGGCCACUACAGACGAGCAACACCAAAUCCGAGGACGUCGCAAGCCUGUCCCGACUCCGCUGUAUCCAACUGGCAAUAACGGGUCCUCAUAUCAGCAGUCGUCCUAUCAAGACUCACCCCGCUUCGACGAACCGCGUAGUCCGCGCGAGAAGCUUGACGCAUUGCUUGCGGAGGAGCAACAUCACACCUCGCCCAUUCGCCCAACCAAGCCAGCGCAUCCCCCUACACCACCCAACGUCGCUGCCCCAAACUUCACGCAGCCUUCGAGGCCGUCUGCGUAUGCAAAACUCCGGCAGGUGUCGUCGCCCACGCUGUCCUCGGCUGGAAUUUCCCCACCAGCGUCACCUGUCACCAUGCCUCCACCAUCGCGGCCGAACCGACCUGAGACGAGACCGACGGUGCCUGUCCGCAACCCCUCAAUAGACUCAGCAGCAUCAUCACUAUCCUCGACUGCCUCCCAGAACCGCCCUCCUGCCAACCAUGCGCCCCGACCAUCGCAAGAUACGAGCACCGCGAACCCCCCAGAUAUGGCCGCUUUGAUAGCCACAGCAGGCUCACCAGAGGCUGCGAUGCUAGCAUUGUGGAAGGAGAAGCAAAAUACGUCAAGUCACAACGCGCAACUCUGGCGGCUGGUUGAGAAGCAACGGUCCAUGAUCAUCGGGUUGCAGAAAGACCUGGAGCGCGCAUUGAAGGACAAGGACCGCUACCGCAGGAAAUUCAAGGAGUACGCUGAACAGGUACCACCAGGUCCUGGUUCACUACAGAAGUCCGACACCUUCGACUCAGUCGUGGAACGCGAGACGAGCCAGUCGCCAGCCCUCAGCGAGCCAACUGGCGAAUUCGCUAAACUCAGCGACACGAAAGCCGUAGAGCACAAGACAUCGCCCUUGACACAAGAGCACCCGGCACCACAGCUCAUACCAGACUCACAACUAGCGACGUCGCCAUCUCAUUCCACCGCAUCAAAUCUGUCAUCAGCAGUAAAUUCACCCACCGACUACUCUGUGCAACCCCUUAGCCUUGGUAGCAAGGGUCUCGGCCUCGACGCCAUAUUGCUACAACCCAGCGAUGCUGCUCAACACUCAGAACAGGCACCGAAGCCAACUACGCCUCCUCAGAAUACCUCCGAUGUGACGCUGGUUCCAGGCGAUUCACAACUCCAGCCUCCACAGAUAUCUCUGAUUCAGGCCACGCCUGUCAUUGGCGGCGACGGCUUUGAAUCGCCUCCAAGAAAGACUCCGCAACCUCUGCGCAAGGCUCCGCCAGCUCCGCUCAACCUCUCGAAACCCAUAACCACCAGCGCACAUCUCCACCAAGCCGUACAUGGCGACGAUGUCGAUUCAGAUUAUGACGAUACAUUGGAAGUGGAUGAGAUACCUGUUGUAGAGUUGCGGGGAAGGAGAAAGACCCGUGAGGAAGAUGAUCGGGUACGCGAAGCUCUGUAUUCGCAAGACGAGGAAGCUAGGAGCAAGUCGAAGAAGAAGAAAAGCGAAAGCAAGAGCAAACAAGCGACGCCUUCUGAAACACCAGCAAGCGAUCAACCUCAGGCGGUCCCGGUUCCCCUUUCGCCGCGACAGUUCAAUGCGCUGCAAUCGGGCCUUCCACUCUCUCCCCGUCACCCACCAGCCAACUCUUUAAACGCUCUUCUUAGUCCUGCAAAUUCGGAUAGUUCUAUGAUGGCGAACCGAAGUGUCGCAUCACCACUCAUGAGUCCAGGACUUCCUUCUAGUCCUAGGCCUACCGACAGGCCACUUGGGUCACCACUACCGAGGAACCCCAAGCAGUCAAUAGCAUCACCGCCCAUGUCGCCAACUGCUACCAAUCAACCAGCUGGGCGGACAGUGCAGCAACAAGUUCCUCUCCCUCCGAAUACACCUCAGUCGUAUCAAUCUCCUCCGGUCAAUCAGAGUCAGCAGUCCAAUCAGCUCCGCAAAGAAGCGUCUACAGGCCUUUUGACAGUACCAGGUGCGCAACCUAGUCCAGAAUCGCCAUCGAGUAGCCCUACCUUGAACGAUGUUCCUGAUGCAGAACACGUCUAUCGAGGACUCGUCUCAGAUCAGUACCCUGGACUCUUGCUGCCUCCCAAUGCGCUACCCUCUAUUCAAGUGAAGGUCUUCUCAUCCCGCCUUCGGCCGUCCCGUAUGAGCAUGCUAGCCCCAAGACCACAAGAGGAGGACCCUGUCUUUAUUCUCGCUGUUUACGCUCGCUCUGAUAACAAACAGCUUUGGCGCGUGGAGAAGACAAUCGCUACGCUGCCCUCUCUAGAUUCCCAGCUGAGAUCCCUGUGCGACUUCCAGGGACAACUUCCAGAUCGCGGUCUUUUCGGGGGUCAUGCGCCUGCCAAGAUUGAUGCUCGAAGGGUCGCCCUCAACGAAUACUUCGAUACUGUCCUGGAAACCCCCAUGAACGAAAGAACGGCCUUGAUUGUGUGCGAUUACCUAUCCACUGAUGUCAUUGGCGCACAAGCCGGCGACAGAUUGGCCCCCGAGCCUACCCCAGGUCCAACAGUGUCUGUUCAGAGGACGCAGCGCAAGGUGGGUUACCUUACCAAGCGUGGUAAGAACUUCGGAGGCUGGAAAGCGCGGUUCUUUGUCCUGGAUGGCUCAGAGUUCAGGUACUUUGAGGGUGAAGGUGGUGCGCAUUUAGGAACGAUCAAGUUGCAAAACGCACAAAUCGGGAAACAGUCACAACAGCAGUCAAACCAAUCGCCACAACGAAAGGACGACUCUGAGGACAACCAAUAUCGACACGCCUUCCUCAUCUUGGAGCCAAAGCGGAAAGACUCGACAAGCUUAGUUCGUCAUGUGUUGUGUGCGGAAAACGAUGAAGAGCGAGAUGCUUGGGUUGAGGCGCUUUUGCAACAUGUCGACAUACCAGAUGAAACCUCGCCAAUCGAAAUUCACGUCCCCUCUACUACACGUCUCCAGAAGCAGCAGGCCAGCCAAGACUCGACGCGCUCUCAGCGGAGAGAAAGCCCUGAUGUGGCAGAGCAAGAUCGCUUACAGGGUCUCAGUUAUGACGAUGCCGUUCAAGCCCAAGCCCCUGUUCGAGGUCCCAACCACCGAGACAUGAUGACGGAAAAGCCUUCCCGAGGGUCACCUAAGGAAUCAUCUUUUCUACAGGACAACUCAGGUCACUAUCCUGCUAUCUCUGGGCCCAGCAACGGCACUCCCAUCAAGGACUCUGAGAGUUGGGGUAGCAAACUGAUGGGGGGACCUACGGCAGUCAAGGACAAGAAACGCAGCAUAUUCGGCUUCAGAGGUCGUGGCGGUUCCUCCGAUCUUGCACCGGUACAAGUCAGUACCCCUCUGCAGCCAACCAUGGAACAUCGCCUACCUCCAGGCCGCAGCGUCUUCGGCAUUCCGCUUAUGGAAGCCGUGGAAUUCACACAGCCUGACGGUGUCAAUGUGGCGCUACCGGCUGUCGUCUACAGGUGCUUGGAGUACCUUCGAGCAAAGAAGGCGAUUAGCGAAGAAGGUAUCUUCAGGCUUAGUGGGUCGAACAUUGUCAUCAAGGGCCUGCGUGAUCGGUUUAACAACGAAGGAGAUAUCAAGCUUCUGGACGGGCAAUACUAUGAUGUUCACGCUGUGGCAUCGCUCCUCAAGCUGUACCUGCGAGAACUACCAGCUUCUGUUCUAACUCGGGAACUGCAUCUCGACUUCCUCAAAGUUCUCGACAUGGACGAACGUAGUAAGAAGAUCCAGAGCUUCAACGUUCUCGUGCACAAGCUUCCCAGGCCCAACUUCGAGUUGUUGCGACACCUGGCGUCGUUCCUAAUUGAGAUUGUGGACAACUCCGGGGUGAACAAGAUGACCGUGCGAAAUGUCGGCAUAGUGUUUGCACCUACUCUGAACAUUCCAGCUCCAUUGAUAUCUUUCUUCUUGACUGACUACACCGACAUCUUUGGUACUGCUCUCGAUGAAGCAAGUUCCCCAAUCCAUGAGAUCCGGAACAACACUUCUCACCUAGGCGACGACGCCAUUCGAUCUCCACGGAGGCAGAUGUUCUCCGAUCUCCCAACGCCUGCGUACAACGAGACCACCUUCCAGCAGCGUAUGGAUCGACCGCCCCAAAGUUAUCAAGGAAACAGUGCUCCCAACUAUCCACCCCCACAACCUCCACAGCAAUAUCAGCAACAACAACAACAACAGCAGGCAGCAGCAGCAGCAGCAGCAGCAACAACAAGCUACGAUACUCCAGCCUACGAUCAACCAUACAACUCUGGGGAGGGGUACGGUAGCUUGAACGGAGCCGUACAAUCCGGCGGAGCUCGAGAACAGCGGCAGCGAAAACGAGAAAGCGGCAUGCUUCUGAUGAACAUGGGCAUGGGGGGCCAACGCAAAGGCCCAGGUGGACCCAACCCUCAACGGGGAGACGGACGAUACGAUCCACGAAUGUACUCUCAAAACAACACCAACCCCCUAAUGGUACGAGAAGAAACGGCAUUCGACUGA